GCCAGUGGGCCUUCACAACAGGGAAGAAGAUUAGAAUCUGACCUCCACCCAAAGUUCUGUUCAAUAACACCAAUUAAAUUUAAUCCCAUCCUGACAAAGCAAACGGAGAAACACACCUUUUCUGCUCUUGAGCCUUCUUCAGGUGCGGGGGACCCGAUCAGAAACACAAUUUACCUAAUCUUCAGCAAGAAACAUCUUAAAACACCAACAGUGCCCCAUCACCUUCACAGGACUUCAGCAUCAGGCAAUAUGAGUGUCUUGCUGUUUGGUGUGGAAAGCUCAGGAUUUGCCCAGAUGGGAUUACCCCCAGUUGACUACAAUGACAGUUUUUAUUACCAUGCAAAACAUGUUGGAAGUCUGAAUGGCUUCUCUCACAUCCUGUUCAGUCCGUCUGGUAUAAUGUAUGCGGUCCGUAAUGCAGACAUCUAUGCAGGCUCUCCUCCAGUGAAUCCGGAUGAAGACUGGCUGACCACUAAAGCAAAGUGUGUUGGCAAAGGAGAAUGGGAUCAGUUUCACUCCCUCUUCUUCCAUCCAGAAGGCAGCCUCUAUGCUGUGACAAAAAGUGGGGAAUUUUACAAGGGUCCCCCUCCCGAGAAUGAGUAUGUGUCCUGGAGGUACAGGGUUGCUACUAAGAUAGGAACUGGAGGAUGGCUUUUCCCUUCUCUGUUCUUUGACCCUGAGGGUAUCCUGUAUGCUGUGACAUCAGAAGGGAAGCUGGUUAAAGGAAAACCUCCAAGUCACAUGAAUCAAGACUGGCUCAGUAAUGCCGGACUUGUUGGAACUGGAGGCUGGGGACAACUUACCCUUUUCAUGGCCUUCUCUCCUGAUGGCAAUCUGUGGUGUGUCUCCAAGGAUAAAGGGAAGAUCUACUCUGCUCCACCACCAGAGUUUGCCACCGAUAACUGGCUUGAAAGAGCCCAGAAUCUUGGCAUUGACUACAAUCGCUACCAGAUACUUGCCUUCACGCAAGAUAAAACCAUUAGCAAAGUUUUAAGCUUAGAUUUUGAGGUCAACAUUGCCAAGAUCCUUUCCAAUGUCCCUCUGACCGUUGGGCAACAUGACUGUGACAACACUGCGGGCACUGUUCCCUACACUGCUACUUUCCAGUUUUCUGAGACUCUUACUCUGGAAAGCUCCUUUUCCCAUGAGCAUGGAUUUACUGUGGCAGUUGGGGCAUCGACAACCUUCAAGGCUGGAAUCCCAAUGAUCGCGGAGAAUGAAACUACAGUCACCCUGGAUGUCAGUACAAGUCAUACCUGGAGGUUUACAGAGACGGAGAGAAAACAGGUUGUAGAAUCAUCUACCUUGACCGCCACGGUGCCCCCUGGGAAGGCAGUGAGAUUCAAGGCUGUUGUUCAGAAGGGAACCCUGGAUGUUCCUUAUACAGCGAAGGUGAUCACAGUCUUUGGAUAUGAAACCACUAUUACUGGAAGAUGGAUUGGAGCUUCAGUCUCCAAAGUGGGAAUAAAGGAAGAAAUCCUUGACCUCUCAAAGUAGCUCAGGCCGAGACCUGUAUGAAGAGUAUUUUUCAGAAUACAUUAUAGGUAAUUGCUAAAAAUGAUGCAAUUAAUGCUUUGGGCUUUUCAUACUCUGCUCUUUUGCAGCAUACCAUUUAUCUGAAAUAUAUAUUCAAAAGUAUUUUUUUGAGUAUCUUGUGGUAGAAAUCCUUUUCUUUACCUCUUACUUUUAAUGAAAUGCUGAAUUUUCACAAUUUUGAAGUAUGACGUAUUGAAUUCUUUCUUUUGGAUGCUUAAUCUGACUCUGAUAUACUGUAUAUUGUAUUUCAGCAGCAUCAAUAAAAUAUUUGGCUGGUUAGU